ACACUAGGUGGCAGUAAUGCAACUUUUCAUGCAGAGUUUAUCGGUCAAAGGUCAAAGUUGAUAGAACUGCAGCGCUCGCCUUACGUUAGCCAACAAUGGCUAAACAUCAUCCAGAUCUGAUCUUUUGCAGAAAGCAAGCCGGUGUUGCUAUCGGGCGACUGUGCGAGAAAUGUGAUGGAAAAUGUGUCAUCUGUGAUUCCUAUGUGAGGCCGUGCACGCUUGUGCGCAUCUGUGAUGAGUGUAACUACGGCUCCUAUCAGGGACGCUGUGUCAUCUGCGGAGGACCCGGAGUAUCUGAUGCCUACUACUGUAAAGAGUGCACCAUCCAGGAGAAAGACCGAGAUGGCUGUCCGAAGAUUGUGAAUCUGGGCAGCUCCAAAACAGAUCUGUUUUAUGAAAGGAAGAAGUAUGGCUUCAAGAAGAGGUGAAGAUGCUACGGUUCAGCCCUUGUUUUAGUGUUUCAGCUUCAACAGAUUUUUUUUUUCUUUUUUUUGAAACCGUAAGAAAUGUUUUUUUUGACUUGUCAAUAAAGCUUUCUUUUAUA